AUGCGGGCCUCAAGAUUGUUCAAAAAGAUGUUCAGAAGCAACUCCAAGGUAAAACAUAAUCCAAAGCUUGAUAAAAUAUUUUUCAUCUUUGGCAUAAACAUUAGCAAUUUCAGUCCCGAACUCAGCUGAUGGCCUCCCAAGACCUCAUCAAUUUCGAUCACGAAGAAAGCCUAGAUCCAAACACUGCUUUCAUUAACACCUCGCCGAGUUUUUCACAUGCUCCAACGGCUGAGGCUACUCCAGUUUCGACCCCAACUCUGUCUAAUCGCGAUGAAAAAGACCGAACAGAGAUCAAGAAAGUAGCAAGCAGGCCUGUGAAGACGGAGGUAAAUGAGGAUCAAACUAUUGAGUCAAAGGAUCGGCAACAAAGGGCAUUCAGAAAAGAGGUCUCCACGAGACUCAGAGACAGACGUGGCUGUAUGGAAGAGUUGAAAGAAGAAUACGAAAGCAAAGAUGCCGGAUGGUACAAGAUGAGGAAGGAUGUAAGUUCGUCAGAAGUCUAGAAAACGUAGCAAAGUCACUGCACAACAAUCGCAAGGGCAGAAAAAAAAAUUAAAUUUUUUACGUAAAGGUUGCCCUAAAAGCGACUUUCGGGACUUCAGAAAUUGGUUGUUAUAGAGAGGUUCCGUUGUAUGGGGAGGAUCUCGAAUAUCUUGGGGUCGUCACUAUUCCACAGUAACCUUUCUAUUCAAAUAUUUGGCGCGUUUCUCAGAGUGUAAAUCCCUUCGCGUCUAGCUCGAGGAAAUCUUUCGCACUUGAGUCAUCUUACAUCGCCUAUAAGGGAGAUUAUAAGAUUGUUUGCGGUAAAAUAAAUUGCAUGGUCUUGCAGACAAAUCUAGGUGUUUGGGGUAUCAUUACUGAUUUGGGCUUGUGUGGCAAGGUUGUCAUUCUAUAUUUUGUUCUGCAUCUAAUUAUUUAUUUGGUCUAUGUCGAUGACUAAUAUUGUAGGUUUAGGAGUUUGGCGUAUAAAACGAAACUUACAACGCAUUUUUAAAUAAUUUUUUUUCAGUACUACAAAUUGCAAAUCCAUGGGAUGAAGAAAGAGCUGAAUCGUGAGAGAGAACGCUAUGAUCGGCUACACAAGAAGUACAGUGAUUUGAAGGAGAACUAUGAUAAGCUUGAGGUAAGAGUUUUAGAUUUUGGAAAAGCCAGUUUCACGUAGUAUUAAAACAAAAAAAAGUUAUGCCCGCGCGGGAAACAUUUUUGAAUUAAAUUUGCGACCUUCUGGACCUCGUUUCUCCACUUUAUUGAUUGGGAUCAGCAACUAAUCUUCACUUAUAAACUUUUUCUUUUUGCAGAAGAUGUGCGAGUUCCUCCUGAAAUCGCAAGAAUCCUUGGACUCUUCAUCAACCCGAAGACACCGUCUAAAUUCCGCCUAUUCUCUCAAAAUGGACAAACCUCUGGCUCCAUCGUAUUACAAGGCCGAUGAUUCGGUUGAUUACUCUAAUCUACCAGUUUCUUCUCGCGGAGCCAUGAAAUCGACCAAGCACUACAGUAGUAUCAACAAAAGAGACAUGGAGAUUAUCAGGCGCCAACGCGAGCGGUAUCAACAAGAACAAGCGCUGAGACUGUACAACGAAAGGGUUGGAGAGAGCUCUACGUAUCUUCAGAGAGACCUCACGAAACCAUACAUUCCUGUUGCGAAUGAGGUCUUGACGGAUCAUGGCUAUGGCUCCAGAUACUCUCAAUACGAAGCAGAGAGGGGCCACCCAUCAGAGUGGCAGAUGAGAGAGAGAAUUCAGUACGAUACGGAUAGAUCUUGCUAUCCUCAAGAGGUGGAAACAUUCUCGGACGAUGAAGGGCUCUUCCCUGGUUGGCAAACUCGUCAAGAAAAUCGAAGAAAAAGGAUGACUGAAAAAGUGAUUACGGUCCCAUUAAAGCCUCCGAUGGAAUCUCGCCGAUCUCAAGAGCCAACUCAUCGUCGCGCUAAUCGAAUUCAACUUGGAUCUGCGUUAUAUGGCCAAAAGACUUAUCGUCAGAUCUACGGAAGUCGCGAGAACACUGAAGCCGAGGUUCGACCACCAAUGAAAGUUCAAAACAAUCUGGAGAGAGUUCAGGAUUAUUUGAACAAGGUGCCAGAGAAUGGGAAAUUUAGUCCGGUUCCGGAUAUGUACGACGCUUUUCUGGAGGGAAAAGGAGCUUCGGAUCCGAGGGUAAACCCACGGAUUGAGAGCAUGUUGUCCAAUAUGAGUUUGAAUGAUCUGACCAAGAGUUCUGAUGAGGAGAAGGAGAAUGAGAUGACCGUCAGAGAAAUCGGAGAGCCUGUGUUCGCCUGA